AAAUCCGUCGCCGGGGCUCCAAGGACCCCCUGGUCAAAGCCAUCCUGCUGCUGGACAGCCCUGGCGAGCCCGGGGAGGGGGGCACCAAGCUGGAGCCUGAUGGGAAGCACAGCAGUGAUUCAUCCUUCAUGUCAGGAAAGAACACCCCCUACGAGCCCGGGGAGGGGGUGUCUGGGGGGACCCCCGAGCGCAGGGUGAGGGCUGGGGACGGGCGCCUGCCUGAGAACGACGAGCGCCCAGCGGGCGAGUACGAGCAGCCCUGGGAGUGGAAGAAGGAGCAGAUCGUCAAAGCGCUGUCAGUCCAGUUUGAGGGCUCGGAGCGCCCCAAAGAGGAGACCCCACGGCAGCAUCUUCGCCAGAAGAGUUGGACCCCCAAGAUGCUGAAGGCCACGGGCACCGAGCAGGGCGAGGGGGAGCGCGUGGACCCCAGCAGGCUGCAGCCGUGCCGGGAGGCAGGAUACCUGGUGCGCACCAGCGAGACCGGCAGCGGCAAGUACUCCAUCGCGCUCAAGCACUACUACUCCACGGAGAAGCUGCCCUUCAAGGGGGCUGAGCACAUGGCCCUGCUGCACCCCGUCCACUGCAAGCUGCAUUAG